UUGGCACCCUUGGCCUUCCUUACUCGGUCAGUAGGGACCGGGCUAAGCUAGCUGCUGGUUGCCGGAUAGCUUGCACCAGAAGCGCACAGAAAGCAAGACGAUGGCGGGUGUACAUCCCCAGGACGACCUGCUGAAAAUGACACACAGAGAAAACUGGAAGGUGCAACACGAGCGCCUGCACAUGAAGCACAGAGGACACGAGGCCAUGCACGCAGAGAUGGUGCUGAUCCUCAUCGCCACGCUGGUGGUGGCUCAGAUAGUCCUGGUGCAGUGGAAGCAGAGGCACCACCGCUCCUACAAUCUGGUGACUCUGGUCCAGAUGUGGGUGGUUCCUCUUUACUUCACCAUCAAACUGUACUGGUGGCGUUUUCUGUCCAUGUGGGGGAUGUUCUCCAUCAUCACUAGCUACGUCAUCUUCAGAGCCACCCGCAAACCGCUGUCCUGCAGGACGCCGAGGAUGGUCUACAAGUGGUUUCUGCUCAUCUACAAGCUGAGUUAUGCAGUCGGGGUUCUGGGCUACAUGGCCAUCAUGUUCACCAUGUUCGGCUUCAACGUCUUCUUCAGGAUCAAAGCAGAGGACUCGAUGGAUGUUGGUGUGAUUAUGCUGUUUUAUGGACUUUACUACGGCGUCAUGGGCAGAGACUUUGCUGAAAUCUGUUCGGACUGCAUGGCUUCUACAAUCGGGUACUACAACAAGGGUGGCAUGCCCAGCAGGAACCUAACCAAUGAUAUCUGUGCGGUCUGUGGUCAGAGGAUCCUGGUGAACGUGGAGGAGGAAGGAUUUAUAGAAGACACCUACCAGCUCUCCUGUGGACACUUAUUCCACGAGUUCUGCAUCCGUGGCUGGUGCAUUGUUGGCAAGAAGCAGACAUGUCCAUACUGCAAUGAGAAGGUUGACUUGAAGAGGAUGAUGAACAACCCCUGGGAGAAGACGCAUGUCCUUUAUGGGCAGCUUCUUGACUGGCUCAGAUACUUGGUUGCUUGGCAACCCAUCAUCAUUGGUAUAGUUCACGGCAUUAAUUUCUCCCUGGGCCUCGAGUAAAGCCCAGAGGAACACCGCCGUAAGUACGGC